UUACUUGGAUGAGUUCUUGAAGUUUCGGAAGAAAGACCAUCUUUUUCGCAUCGUCUCUGUAACACCAAUUCUACUUCAUCUUCUUGGCGUUUCUUCUGCAGCUUUUUGCGGUUCACGUGUUAUUUGCUUUUGGUUCUAUCUUUUUUUUUUGGUUCUGAUGUAUUUCUCACAAAACCAUUCCUAUAAGCUAUAUUGCUAUAAGGUUAGAUUUUCUUGUAAUUUUUUAUUUAAUAUGUUAGGGAGAAUGACUUUGAUUGAUUCUCUUUCUCUGUUCUUGUUUAUGUAUUUUAGUAAUGAAAUGAAUCUUUAAAGACGUUAAAUUUGAGAGCAAGAGAAAACCAUUCACCACAAAAGAUCAAGAACUAGAGACAGUCAUGGACAUCAAGUCUUACCAGAGUCAUGCAGAGGGUUUUAUUAAACACUAUCUAUUAGCAGAUCCGUUUCUUCCAUACACUUCUGUUCUUGCUGGAAUCUUUCUCUGCAAGAUGGCCUAUGAUAUUACCCAGUCAUUCAGCUCAAUUCAUAUCAAAUCAUACUCAGCUCUCACAAAAGUGAAGAGAACUGAAUGGAACAACAGUCUUCAAGGCCUUAUAGUGUUUCGCAGCUCGUCUAUUUCUAGCUUUGGUUUAGGGGUAUCCGUUGGUUACUUUCUUGCUGAUCUUGGAAUGAUCAUUUGGUUAUACCCUACUUUAGGAGGAUCAGAAUAUAUUUUCCAUCACUGCUUAUCUGGAGUAGCAGUAGCUUAUUCUCUGUUCUCCGGAGAAGCUCAGCUUUACACAUAUAUGGUUUUACUCUCUGAGGUGACUACACCCGAGAUCAAUCUUAGGUGGUACCUUGACAUUUCUUGUUUGAAGCGAUCUAAGGCUUAUCUUAUUAAUGGAGUUGCUAUUUUCUUGGCUUGGUUGACAGCAAGAAUCCUUCUCUUCGUCAACAUGUUUUACCAUGUCUAUGUACACUAUGAUCAGGUGGCAAUGAUGCAUCCAUUCGGUUAUCUACUGGUUUUUGUCGUACCGGUUGCAUUGAGUGUAAUGAACUUGAUGUGGUUUGGUAAGAUAGUGAAGGGACUGAUGAAAACUCUUGAGAAAAAAGACAAUAAGGAAUGAGCUUUUUUCCUGAAUGUAGAGUUAGGAUUAGAGGGGGUGCUUAGCAUAAAAAUAAUAUAAUAGCGGGUGGGAUCCACACAAAAACUAAGCACCUGUGCUUAUUCUGCUUAAUUAAGCACCGGUGCUAGCACUGUUUCUUGGGCCCCACUGAUACGUGGCGGUCCGCGAUUGGUUCGUUUUUAAUUUUUUUUUUUUUAAUCAGAAAAAAAAAAAAAAAAAAAAAAAAUUAAGCACCUCAUUUGGGGUGCUAGGGGUUAAUGGUGGUAAAGUUCUUAUGAAGAAUCUUACAGGUUAGAGCUCAUAAUCAAUAGACCACGCUACAAUUUUCGGUGCGGUUACCGUUUCAAUUUUCUUAAAACAACUCUUUGUUUUGACGUAUUUAACUAAAACAUACUCCCAUUCAUUAACUUAAUAUUUGAGAACAUACAAUGAGUUUGUCCUUUUCUGUUUGCACAAUACUAAGCAAAGCACAUGGGGAAAGAAAGCAUUUUCGUUAAAAGAUUUGUGCCAUGGUUCUUCUUUGGAAUGUAAACAGAUGAGUUCAAAGCUUUUCUUCUUCCAAGAAUCUCCCUAGCGUAGCUCUUUAGCUUCGGUCAAGCUUGGGAAAUACUUUAGACUAGCUUGGAAAAGAAUCCAAAAAUCAUUUAAAACACAAAAUAAACUAUGAUGAUUCUAUGUAGGUUUCU